UUUAUGUAUUUUGUGUAUGUUUGUUUCAGUCAGUGUUUUAUUUUGCAGAAACUAGGUCAGUGGUUCUCAAUCUGUGGGUCCCCAGGUGUUUUGGCUUACAACUUCCAGAAAUCCCAGCCAGUUUACCAGCUGUUAGGAUUUCUGGGAGUUGAAGGCCAGAACAUCUGGGGACCAACAGGUUGAGAACCACUGAUCUAGGGGUUUCAAGUUCUUAAAAUGGUCUGAACUUUCCCUGCUUAUUACCUAUGGUCACUGCUGAAAUAAAACAACAGAAGGGGAAUGAUUCCAUGUGUCAUGUAAGUUGCUUAGAGAGGAUACACCGUUGCCCAAACAUAGAGGAAAAUGUGUGGCUGUACGUCCAGUACUGGGAAUAAAAAAAACAACCCUUCUAAUCAGUCAGGGGAUAUUUCAAAGAAAAAAAGAAACAACACUUCAACAAAAAUGCCCAAACAUAUUCCCAUUCCCAAGCAGCUGGCUUCCAUAAAAGCUCUAGAGAAAGGCUCUGAUCUUGAGAAAGCAAUUGCUACAGCAGCUUUGGUUUUUGACAACGCUGCAGAUGCUGAUGGGAAACUCAGCAAGUCUGAUGCAAAACAGCUACUCGAAAGCCAGUUUAUACAUUUCAUGCAGGGUCAGGAAACCAAACCAAAAUACCAGGAAAUAAUUUCUGCUCUUGAUGAGAACAAAGAGGACAAAAUCUACUUUGAAGAUUUCAUGGUUCAGCUGCUUAGUCUCACCCUGAUGUCUGACCUUCGUCAAGAGAUCCAAAAUGUGCGAAAAACUAAGUGAUUAAGAGUAUUUAAUAGAAGUCAAAAACCAAGCAGUGGGGGAAAGAGAAUAUGAUUUUAGGGAAGGAGCUAAAGCUAGAAUUCUCUCUAAUAGAUUAUCAUAAAUUUGCAGGAGAAAAGUCAGAAUGACUCUUGGGUCACAAUUUCAAUAUCCAAGUUUUGAUGAGAAAUGAGAAGCAGAAACUCGUGUUUAGUCUCUGCUAAUUGUAAAAAUGUUUCUUCAAACAUAGUGGACCUUACGUCUUUGUAAAUAUGCCCAGGGUUGAACUGUAAAAGAUAGUCUGAUUAAACUUCGCAAUGAUUUUUUUUGUGUCAGGAGAUACUUGAGAAACUGCAAGUCGCUUCUGGUGUAAGAGAAUUGGCUGUCUGCAAGGACGUUGCCCAGGGGGAGCCCAGUUGUUUUGAU